AUGGGGUCUUUGGAAGCCGGACCUAGACAUAGGGACCAUUUGCCAGCCAUUGGUUUUCUAGGCAAGGACGGGUCUGGAUACCCUCAAAAACACGCCAUCGCGACAGCCACCCCUGGGUCGACAACACCACUUGUCAGUCCUACCACAAUGUAUUCAAGCCAACCAGUGCCCUACUCCUAUCAGCCGCCGAAUGUCAGCUCAGCGCCUCCGCCUGGGUAUAUUUCCCCACCGGAUUCACGACGUGCGCUCGAGGAGGAAAAGGAGAAACACACUCAGCCGCAAAGGCAAUCUCUACCAUCAAUUCAUGAGGCUCUUGGAAACGAUAAUCCUCUUCCAUAUCCUGCUCCGCCUACUUCAGCCCCUCCUCCCCAUCAAGUUUAUCACUCUGCGCCAUCUCAUCCUGUAUCCUCCACUGUUGGGCGUCCGGGCGGAGAAGGGCCACCAGGACCACCAAACCCGUUUUCGAAUGGUGCGCCAACAGGACCGUUUAUGCGGGAUCCUGCAGCUGCCCAUCAGACUCAAUUGCAGGCUGAGGCAUCACGGUCCAGUUUGGCAUCGUUGAAUACACAAGAUUCGAGAAAUGCUUCGCUGCAUUCGAUCAGCUCGGGCAGAUCUCCUACGCAGAGUGCAAAAACUGGAAUUACAUCGAUCGCAGGCUCGCAGACUUCUUCGGGGUACGAAUACAGUGCGCCUACAUCUGCGGGUAGCAUUGCUUCACCCAACGGCUACGCUGCAUUUUCACAACCGUUUUCUUUCCAAUCGCAACCACCAAAUGCACCAGCAUACCCGGCAGCUUCUUACGACGCUCGGCCUUAUAUGGGUGGUGCGUGGAAACCGGGCGCGGCAGAACCAGCACGUGUCGAAGAGGUGAAAACUGGGCUCGCGGCCCGCCAUGCUAUUCCGGGACAGCCCCAUAACGACGCUGUCAAACGCCAUUUGGACAUUUACGAUGUGGAGACUUCGCUGAAUGAGAUUGCCGAAAUGAGCACCCGCAGUCUGGAAUUCUCGCGACACUAUGCUGCCAGAGCGCACCAGACACAACGAUCUGGGCCCGUCUUAGGGUCUCUGCCCUCUCUCCACGAGGUGGAGGAGAUGCUCAAUGUGCAACGUCGCAAUCAGGAUGCCCUGUUGCGCAUACGAACCGCGGUACUCAACCAAGAACACGCCAUGGCGGAACAGAUGGCCCAACGAAAGGCUUUCAAAACCGGUGGAGUUCAUGACGAUGACCACAUGGCAGUGUACCAGGAGGAUUUCAAAGGCAGUGGCGGGUUUGCCGGUGCCGAUUCGAAGAAGCGACGAGGGAAGGCUGCCCCUCCCGGUCGUUGCCACAGCUGCAACCGAGCCGAAACACCAGAAUGGCGUCGGGGUCCAGAUGGAGCCCGAACACUGUGCAAUGCCUGCGGGUUGCACUAUGCCAAGUUGACACGCAAGAUGGGCGCUAACAAGGCGUCGUCGUUGGGUUCGAAUCUGAAGCCCAAGACCUCGCUUGACUCGGCGUCGCCCAGCAGCCAUUAG